AUGAAGGUGAAGAUUAAGUGCUGGAAUGGUGUGGCCACUUGGCUCUGGGUGGCCAAUGAUGAGAACUGCGGUAUCUGCCGGAUGGCCUUCAACGGAUGCUGCCCCGACUGUCAAGUGCCGGGCGACGACUGCCCCCUGGUGUGGGGCCAGUGCUCACACUGCUUCCACAUGCACUGCAUCCUCAAGUGGCUCAAUGCACAGCAAAUGCAGCAACACUGCCCCAUGUGCCGCCAGGAGUGGAAAUUCAAGGAGUGA